AUGUCAGACGAUCUAGAACAACAAUUGAACGCGAUUAUCGGGCGAUCACAAGAGAAAACGCAGUUAGCCAUGCUGCCCGAGGAGCUGUCUACCUUGAUCAAUGCCUUCCUCCCGACCGAACAACCCACAUCCCUACGCUCGAAGGCUUAUGUCGCCCUGUCCGCUCUCUGCCAACAUUAUCGGAACAUAUCCUCUCCAGCUCCUGCUAAGCAGGACACAGAAGAGGCAACACUUAUUCUUCACAAGACCUUUAGCCCUCCUCUCUCUUCCCGCCUAUCCGAUACUGUGGAGAUCGAGGUCCUCGCGGGCAUAUCAUUCCUCAGCGCUCUCUUUGAAGUCGACUGGAAGACAGCUGCGGUCAUUUUCGAGGAUGAAGGCACGAUUGAUUCGGUGAUGGACGGACUGGAUAUGUUUUAUUCUUCUCAGAUUUCGCGGGCUGUUGCCCAUCUAUUCUCCCAAGCUUGCGGCCAUAAGUCCUGCCGCGCCCUCAUCUCAUCCCAACAUGUGCGAUGGCUCGAGACCAAAUCUCGCCAAACCUCCGACCCAGCGCUGCGUGCGGCUGCCGCAGUAGCCCUUGUGAAGCUCUCGCGAGGAGUUGAGACGGAUUCUCAGGAGGCUCGUGUUGCAGGAGACAGGCAAGCUCUGCGUCAAGACGAUGAAGCUCUGGCACAGCUGAUGAAGGGGCUGGUUGUUGAUGAACGCGAUUCUUCGUCUCUUGCCGAUGCAAUAGAAGGACUUGCCUACCUGAGUAUCGAUCCUUCGGUGAAGGAGACUUUGGCGAACGAUUCUUCAUUUCUCAGCCGUCUGUUUACGGUCAUUCCACGUCGGAAACCCUCAUUGACCCAGUCGCCAGACGAUAUCGCGAGAUCACCAGCAUACGGGUUCGCCAUCAUUGUGCUCAAUAUAUGCGCCUAUCGAGCUCGCUUGUCUGACGAAGAAGCGCAGAUCGCCAAGCUCAAGCGCAUGACGAAAGCCUCACCUACCUCAUCGAAACCACAAGACUCCGAGAACAACCCACUUGAUGACGACGACCGCGUUCGUGAGAGGGGGCGCAAGCUCAUCAUGGCCGGCGUAGUCGAUGCGCUGACGGCAGCCAUCCGUGUCACAGAUAGCCGCGCGGUCAGGGUUGCCAUUGGGAAGAUAUUGCUGCAUCUUGUGGAAGACCAAGGUAACCGUGGAAAGAUAUUGCAAGGAGGAGGGGCGAAGGCAUUGCUGUUAAUCAUCCAGAGUAUCCUGCCUACCCCAAGUGCUACCACCCAACCACCACGAGAUGCCCCGCUAGAUUCCUCGGAUAUAGACCCUAUACAAGCAUUAGCCAAACUUGCUAUCACGUCGUCACCCAUACAAGUCUUCGGUCCAAACCAGGGUGCGCUUUAUGAUGCGAUACGGCCCUUUACCAUCAUGCUCGUUAAUCCUGCAUCGAAUCUCUUACAACGUUUCGAAGCGUUGAUGGCUCUCACCAACCUCACCUCCCAGGGCGAAGAAGUAGCAGCAAGAGUUGCACGCGCAGAGGGACUUCUGAACAAAGUGGAGCUGUUGAUGCUUGAAGACCAUACAUUGGUCCGCAGAGCAGCCACGGAGCUCAUCUGUAAUCUUGCUGGGGGUUGCGAAGAGGUCUUCAAUAGGUACGGCGGCGAGGCAUCCGCGGCCUCGAAGUCAAAAUUACAGGUCCUCGUGGCUCUCUGCGAUGUCGAUGAUGUGCCAACCCAGCUUGCAGCCUCUGGUGCAGUGGCUAUAUUGACGUCCUCCCCUGACGCCUGCCAGUCCCUUCUGGAAUUGCAAGAGGAGCGCCACAAGGUGCUACCGAUUCUAGGGCAGUUAAUCGACCCGGCUGUUAUGUCGACUACCUCCGAGAGCCGCUCGCCAGGCUCUUGCGCUGGAGGUCGAUCGGAUAGGUCUGGUGCGAGCCAUUGUGGGCGUGCUGAAGUCCUCACACGACGGAUCACCUGUCUUGAAGCCAUCAGCUGA